CUCUAUUGACAAAAAUAGCGAAAAGCCUGAUCAUCUAUAUUCUUUGGUCGUUUACUAUCAGUGGUGAGUAGUGUCCCUGGAUCAACCUGGAUGCUACGAACUUCGAAAAUAUAUCGAACAAUAUAAAAGAUAAAUAAUAAAAAUAGGCAAAAAAAAAAAACAAGUAAAUGAUAAUGGAUAAAACUCGACAUUAUCAGCGAAUAGCGAACGACACAGUACAAAAUAAAAUGUCUGGUGAAAGUGAUUUUGGGCCACGUAAAACAUUAAUUGUUUUAACAGUUGUUGCUGGUUGUUUUGCUAUAUUAUGGCCAAAAAUAUUUUAUCCGAUGCUUAUUGGACCUGGUAAUACUCCUCAUUCACCUAUUGAUGGAUCUGUAUGCUGUGAUUUAAUAUUUGAAACGGAUGUCAACGCAGUGGAUAUUUUACAAGAAAUGUGUAAAAAUAUAUUGAAUCACCAUCAAGUUGAUCCACGAGUACGAGAUAUUGUAAAUAUAAAUAAAUUAUCUCCCCAAAGUAUUAAUUUCUGUCGUGAACAAGUAUUAUCACGUUGUGGUAUUGACUUGUCAUCAUUUUUGGCUGAAGAAGAAAAAUUAGGAAAAACAUAUAAACAAGUACUUGAAGAAAUUCGGUCAUUUAAUAGUUCAUUAUGUCUUAAAAUUAAUUUUGGAGUAUCUUUAUCACGAUUAGGAACUCCGCAUCUUAUAAGAUAUCAUAUUUUAAUGCCACACACUCCAAUUAAACAAGAGCGUCGUUUACCUCCCCAUGCGGGAGGUUUGCAUCCAGCAAUGAGAGAACGUGGUAGAGCAAUACCUUCUUCACAUAUUGUACCAAGAGUAGAAGGAAGACCUGAACAAGUAUUUUCACAUAAAAUGAGACCACCAAUGGGUGGUCCAGGCCGUGUAAUCACACCUCAGGGCGGAAGUGGUAGCAGUAUGGGAAUCAUUAUGCCACUGUAUACUGUUGGAAUUCUUUUAUUUUUUCUCUAUACAAUCACCAAGGUAUUAAGAAAAAAUCCGAAUAAUGAUAUUUAUCGUGAAUAUUCAAAUCCCGAAGCUGAAAAAGAAUUUCGUGAUCGAGUUUUUAAUCCAGAAAUAUUGACAAGUGCUAUAACUGGAGUGCCGUAUUAUCGUAAAGAAAAAUCCCCAGAAUUAACUAAACGAACUCCGACUAUUGAUGAGCUGAAACAACAAGCUGCAGGAGACAUAGAGGUAGAUCAAUUAAUUCAACGAUUGGCCGACACGGAAGCCGCUAUGGAGAGAAUUGUUGUACAAAUGGGUAACCUAUCUCGUACAGUUGCACAGAAUCCGACUUCACAGCAAGAUACACAGGAAGAAUGUACGGAUAGCAAUUGUUGCAGUGUUGAAGAAUUAGAUCGAUCAUCACCUACAGUGAAAGUCAUGGGGAUGGAAAUGACCGCAAAUUGCGAAGGAGGGCAAAAAAUCAGUAGACCCUCAACACCAAUAAUAUCUCAUUCACCUAAUCAUUUUGAGCGUGAGAAAUCACCACCGAAGCCAAUUUAUCUUGAAGGUGCGCUUCCAUCGCAAUGCGAACUCCUAGUUACGGAUUCAAAAACUCAAGCUGAAAAUUUUGAGGAAAAUAACGAAGUUCCAGUUGUCUUAUCAGGGAAAAUGACGCUAUCUCUCAUCAGUCUCGACCAAAUUCCACCUAACUCUGAGGGUGUCAAUGAAGAUAUAUUCGAUCAUAAAGAAAAAGUUAUUGAAAUUGUACCUGACAACUAUUCCGUUUGUAGCGACGACAAAGAAAUUAAUUCAAAUGAUGAUAAGAUUCAAAUUUAUAAAUUAAGAGAAAGCUUGAAUAACAAAGUAAUUAAAAACACAAAUCGCGAUAAAGACAAAGAUGUAGACGAAGAAAAUAAUGAGAAUGAUCUUAAUGAAGAUAAUGAAGAGGAGGACAUCAAAGAUGUUGAUAUUGAUGACGAUGACGAUAAUAAUAGCAUUGACGUUAGUAGUGAAGAAUAUGGAGAUGGUGACGAAGAUGAAGAUGACGCUGAAGAUGAAGAUAAGGGUGAGGAAGAAGAUCAAAAUGAGAAUGAUGAUGAUGACAAAAACGAAAAAAUAUCAUUUAAAAAUAGUCAUGUUAUUGUUGAAUAGUCGCUAUAAUAACCAGCAACAGUUAUUUUAAAAACUAUCAAAAAUUGAUAAUGUGUAUUGUUAUUUACUUUUGGACAGACCGUCUCAAAUUAUUUGAACCUAAUAAAUACUAUACGUAACGUAGAAUUUAUAACGCUCACUUAAAACAGAUAUCACUAUACCACAUUGUGUUUAAGAAAAUAAUUUACUUUUUUUAUAUGAAUGACGUUUCUUAAUUGAACAGAAAUAAUUUUAAAUACAUUUAGAGUUUGAAAAAAUUGUUUUUGCAUGACGUGAUAAAAAAAUAUCUAAUCUAAUCAGCUUUCUGUUAAAAAUAUUUAUUAUUUAGUUAUUUACGAUUAAAAAAAAAAAGUUCAUAUUAUUAUAGUUAUAUAGACGAAUUAGAUAUUUUUUCAAAAAGCUGAAAAUUUUUUAUAAAUAAGGUGUAUUUCGAAGCUGAACUCUCCGUCUUAAUAUUUGAUAAAAAUAUAAUAAUUAGGACAACAGUUAUAAUGGUAGAAGUGUAAGAUAGUUAUGAAAGUUUAUAGCUUUACAAUGGAAUGUAUCAGUGCCCAUAACUAUUAAAACCUUCCAUUAUUGUUGAAAAUAUUUAAUAUUCUCGCCGAUAUGUUGUAAUUUAAAUUAAAAAUAAAAAAAUUUCUAAAAAUA